UAUAAUCAGGAAGUAUUUGUUUAGUUUCUAAAUCUAAACUAUGCAAGACGUGUAUGAUUAUUCCGUUCUCUUCUACUUCAAUGAUGAUGAACCGAAAAGGGACACAUUAGAAAGACAGUUUAUAUCUCAGUUAAAGGAGUUGUUGUCCAAUCAGGGAUAUAAUAAGUCAUAUACAUACGAUGAUCUGCCACCCGGGGGUAACUAUUUGAAUGGCUUGGAUGAUGUGAUCACUAAAUCAAAACGAAUCAUAAUCCUAAUGACCACAAAUUACAUCAAGGAUGAAGACUGGAUUAAAUUUACCAACCAAACAGGCGUUAUGGAAACGAUAAGGAAAAAGGAGUAUGGGAAGAUUAUACCGAUAUGUUUGGCUAUAUCGGCAAACGAUAUUCCCUUAGCAUUCGGUAUGAUUAAUAGAAAAAAGAUAAUAUUUGAGACUGAUUGGAGAACCGAUAGGACAGCAUGGGAUGAUUUAAUGAAAAUAAUUAACUCAUCACCUCCAGUUUCUGUCAGCAAUGAGGAGAGUCCUGUUGACCCACAGCAAGAAGGUUCGGGUGAUCAGACUCUAUCGUCGGCUGUAGCAGGGAUUUCCUCAGGGUUCCGCGAUCAUGAAGUAGACGAGGUACCUAAAGAAAAUUACAUUAUGCUUAGCUACUCAUGGUGUCAACAAACAGUAGUCAAGAAAAUACGAGAUCAGCUGGUAGCAAACAAUAUAAGGGUUUGGAUGGAUACUUCAGAUAUGUCACACGGCUCCAUAAAUAAGAGAAUGGCCAAAGCUGUUGAUGAUGCGACCAUUUUUUUGAUGUGUUAUUCCUCCGAAUACGAAACGAGUGUUAAUUGUCUGAAAGAGGUCGAAUAUGCUGACCAACAAAAGAAGGAAAUAUUUCCAUUAAAAGUGGGCAAAUGGGAUCCAGAAGGUGUAGUUGGAAUCAUACUUGGAAAAAAACUAUAUUAUGAUUUUAGUGAUGAAAAGAAGUUCAUUUCAAGCAUGGACAGUUUAAUAAAGCAUAUCAAGAGCUAUAUGGAAUCAGGAAAGUAAUGAACUUUACGAUCGUAUUAAUCACUGCCUAGCAACCUACUUUGUCAUGCCUCGAAAUUCCUGCAAACGCUCUGCGGGUCAGGUUUUGUCUCUUUGCCUAAAAGGAUAUUUGACAAUUCAAACAAAAGAAUUGGCUGUCAUUAGAUAAAAGAUAACGAACAAAUUAGAAAAAGUCCGUGCAUUACCAUGUUUUUAUUAAGAACAGAAUGAAUAAAAACGGGGGAAUGCACGGGAUUUUUCUAUUUUUCUCGUUUUCCCUUAUCUAGUGACAGCCAAUUAUAUUUUUGAAUUGUGAGAUACCCUCUCACCGUCCCAUAUAAUAACUUUUCAACUUCAACGGAAUUAUCAGUGAAAUGAAAUUCGAUCGUUUGUCUGUUAUCGCUCGUUACUUCAGUCAGAUAUAUAGAAGGAUAACUCGUGUUUGUCAUGUUUGGCGUCACUUCCCGUUUCUUCACGUGCUUGUUACACAUCUCCCGUAGCAAUGAUCUCAGUGUUAAAAUUAUAUUUGGAAUGCAUUUAACAAGUUCUAUCACAUAUGUAAUUAUGACUGACACCAAUAUUGUCCUUUAAAUAAUGGGCAGUUAUCAUUGAUCGAUUUGAUCAGGGUUUGUUUUAAGAAAGGUACUUUUUAUCCUGUAUGGCAUGCCCUUUUAACCUCUAUAUUUACUUCUUGUAUUCAUUUAGUAGAAGUCCCAGAUCAUCUUCUGAUCACCUUUUCUUAAAACCGUGUUAAGUAAAACUUGUAUCAUGGAACAACAUGUCUUGUAAUGUACAAGGUACAAAACUAUGUAAAAGCCUUCCUUUUAAUUUGCACAAUAGCCAAUCUAUAACUAUUAUAAGAUAACACUGAAAACCCAUUUUACAGGAUUUCAGUUGAUAUUCAUUUAAUUCUAAAUGUGGUGUAUUUUAUGUGUUUUGUAAUUAUCAUUGAACUUUUAAAAUUGAAGAAAUUCAUUGUAUGUACAUGUAUGUGUAUUGCUUUUAAAAACUAGAUUAUUCUACAUUAUUCAAGAGCUAAAUCUGCUUAUUGCUGUAGGUCUUUUGUCUAACAUUUAUUUGUCCCCCGCCUUUCGAAGAAAGCAGGGGACUAUUAAAAUGGGUUCGUCCGUCACACUUUUUGGGACACAAUAACUCUCUUCCUAAUUGAGCUAGAAUGUUCAAACUUGGUGUAUGUGUUUAUUAGGUCAAUGCCUUGAUGGAGUUCGAAGAUGAGCAUUUUCCGCUUAGGGUAAGCAGAGAUAAGCAAUUUGAUUGGUUGAUGCUUUGGGACACGAUAACUCUUCUCCUAAUUGGGCUAGAAUGUUCAAACUUGGUGUAUGUGUUGAUUAGGUCAAUGCCUUGAUGGAGUUCGAAGAUGAGCAUUUUCCGCUUAGGGUAAGCAGAGAUAAGCAAUUUGAUUGGUUGAUGCUUUGGGACACGAUAACUUUUAAUUGAGCUAGAAUGUUCAAACUUGGUGUAUGUGUUUAUUAGGUCAGUGCCUUGAUGGAGUUCGAAGAUGAGCAUUUUCCGCUUAGGGUAAUGCUUUGGGACACGAUAACUCUUCUCCUAAUUGGGCUAGAAUGUUCAAACUUGGUGUAUGUGUUGAUUAGGUCAAUGCCUUGAUGGAGUUCGAAGAUGAGCAUUUUCCGCUUAGGGUAAGCAGAGAUAAGCAAUUUGAUUGGUUGAUGCUUUGGGACACGAUAACUUUUAAUUGAGCUAGAAUGUUCAAACUUGGUGUAUGUGUUUAUUAGGUCAGUGCCUUGAUGGAGUUCGAAGAUGAGCAUUUUCCGCUUAGGGUAAGCAGAGAUAAGCAAUUUGAUUGGUUGAUACUUUGGGGCACGAUAACUCUCUUCCUAAUUGAGCUAGAAUGUUCAAACUUGGUGUAUGUGUUGAUUAGGUCAAUGCCUUGAUGGAGUUCGAAGAUGAGCAUUUUCCGCUUAGGGUAAGCAGAGAUAAGCAAUUUGAUUGGUUGAUGCUUUGGGACACGAUAACUUUAGUUCUAAUUAAGUGAGAUUGAUGAAACUUGGUGUAUAGUUUCAUUACAGUAAUACCUUGACUAAGUUUGAUAAUGAGCAUUUUCUGCUCAGGGUAAGCAGAGCGAUACGCAAUUUGAUUUUUAUAUGUGUCCUCUAAUUAUUUUCCUAUUUCGGCGGGGGACAUCAGCCUCACUGUUGGCUUGUUAUAUUAUACAUUUAUUCAUAUGGCGAGCGCAUAAUCAACUCUCUAGGUCAACAGGAUGGCUGGGAUAUGGAAUGGAAAUUUCUUGUCAAAAUUUUAAACACUCAUAACUUCGGUUAGAAUAAAGAAAUAUCACUGAAAUCUCCAAUAUAUUUCAUUUUUAUUAUCUAUUUUUGUAUAGGAAGAACGACCAACUCAUUCUAAAUCUUGCAUAAUGUAUCUUUAACAUAAGACUCGCAGAAGAAGUUCACUAACAUAUUUUUAUUCAUCUGAGUGAAUUGAUGUAAUUGUCUAUGCUCAGUCUAACAAUCAUAUAGAGAAAAUAAACUUACACUUUUUCUAAAAAUCUAA